AUGACGGCUGAUGACCCUUGUAUGGCAGCUUCGAUCGUACUAUCGCGUUCAAAGAACAUUCCAAAUGUACCAAAAGAUACACUUAGAAAUUAUGCCGAAUAUCGUGAUAAUCAACAAAUCAAGCAAAUCGCCAAAAUAUAUUUGAUCAUUUUGUUUGUAGUAACCAAUUCUUAUAAUUCUAAUUGUAGGCAUUGA